AGGGCUUGCAUUCUCUAGGAGGAGGACAAUCGCCUUUCAGGCUCGCAUUCGCAGCAUUGUAACAUUUUUCCCCGGCCGAUGCUCACAUGCUUGUUUUUGUUCUGUGCACGUUUACUUCCCUUAAAAAUCCACUCAUUUAGUCCAAAUCCGAAUCAGCCGUUAGGGUUCAUCAUCGCUUCUGCACUCGAGCCUUUUUGAGUCGACUCAUCUUUUUAUGCCUGAUCUAUUGGGAUUCAGAGUGGGUGUUGUCACAGGACAAUGAUCGAGAGACCCGACUCAGCUGUUUCCAGCGUUGCACAGAGGAAUCUGGAGGGUUAUGUCGGCUUCGCCAACCUCCCCAACCAGGUGUACAGGAAGUCCGUGAAGAGGGGGUUUGAGUUCACACUCAUGGUUGUCGGUGAGUCUGGACUGGGCAAAUCCACGCUUAUCAAUUCCCUCUUUCUGACAGACCUGUACUCCAAAGACUACCCUGGCCCAUCUCAAAGGAUCAAGAAGACUGUUCAGGUGGAACAGUCCAAAGUGCUGAUAAAGGAGGGGGGCGUCCAGCUCACGCUGACCAUCGUCGACACACCAGGCUUUGGAGAUGCGGUGGACAACAGCAACUGCUGGCAACCCGUCAUCAACUACAUCGACAGUAAGUUUGAAGACUUCCUCAAUGCUGAAUCCCGGGUAAACAGGAGGCUGAUGCCUGACAACAGGGUGCACUGCUGCUUGUACUUCAUCGCCCCCUCUGGUCACGGACUGAAACCUCUUGAUAUUGAGUUUAUGAAGCGUCUUCAUGACAAAGUCAACGUUAUCCCACUCAUCGCCAAGGCCGAUACUCUCACGCCAGAGGAGUGCCAGCUGUUCAAGAAACAGAUCAUGAAGGAGAUCCAGGAGCACAAAAUCAAGAUCUACGAGUUUCCCGACACAGAGGAUGAUGAGGACAGCAAACUGAUCCGAAAGAUAAAGGAGAAGAUGCCUCUGGCCGUGGUCGGUAGCAACGUGGUGAUCGAAGUAAAUGGCAGGAAGGUCAGAGGGCGUCAGUACCCCUGGGGUGUGGCAGAAGAGGGCAUUAUUGUGGAGAACGGUGAGCACUGUGACUUCACGGUUCUGAGGAAUAUGCUCAUCAGGACUCACAUGCAGGACCUGAAGGACGUGACCAAUAAUGUUCACUAUGAAAACUACCGGAGUAAGAAACUAGCAGCCGUCACCUGCAACGGGGUCGACGCCACCAAGAACAAGGGCCAGCUCACAAAGAGUCCCCUGGCCCAGAUGGAGGAGGAGAGGAGGGAGCAUGUGAUGAAGAUGAAGAAGAUGGAGACCGAGAUGGAGCAGGUCUUUGAGAUGAAGGUCAAAGAAAAGAAGCAAAAACUGAAGGACUCUGAGGCAGAGUUGGAGAGGCGUCACGAACAGAUGAAGAAGAAUCUAGAAGCUCAGUAUAAAGAGCUUGAGGAGAAGAGGCGCCAGUUUCAGGAGGAAAAAGCCAACUGGGAGGCCCAGCAACGCAUCCUGGAGCAGCAGAAACUUGAUGCAUCAAAGACAAUGGAAAAGAACAAGAAAAAAGGAAAAAUCUUUUAAGGCAUCAUGAAGCUCCAUUCCUUAUGAAACCAGAAACUCCUUGCAUCUCUUUUGAGGCUGUAAUGUUCUAUGACCCCAUAAGAAACACACGCAGGAGUGCUAUGGUACACUUUACUGCACAUUUCAUUGCAUGAAUGAAAGCUAUGAAAAUAUAAGGUAUUUUUAUAGUCACAUCCACACACAAAUGUACCACCCUCUUCUGGAUGACUACAAUAUUACACCACAUGCCCAGUAUGUCAAGUGCAUGUUCUCAACCUUUCGAUUAGAAUGAGAAUAUCGACCAACAUUCCUUUGAAACUUUAAAUUCUGGUUAUUACAAACAAUACUUCAUGUUUGGGAUCAUUUCUGACAUUUUCAACUCACACAUUCACACAUCUUAGUGUUAAGAAGGUCUCGUGGUAGGUUUGUAUGGGUGUGAUGGAGGAUGACACAGACGGACGGAAGCAAGUGCAACGAGUUUAUACAGAGCUAAGCAUGCAUGUGUUGAACGGCAAUGCUAUGGAUAGAUGGUUUAUGGUCUUUGAAUUCUGCUAGUGUGUGUGACUUGUGUGUUUCUUUGGGGUCAUAAACAUUUAAAGACUUGUUUUAACAUUAUUGCACAGCUAAAUUAUGACAAUAUCAGUUUUCCAUGUUUUAAACCCA